AUGGGCGAAACCGAAUCAUCCACACCUCGCUCCACCGCCGAACCACAGCUCAAGGCUGCCAAAGACAAGAACUGUCCCUUUUGCGGCCAGGCAUUCACUUCAUCCAGUCUGGGACGCCACCUAGACCUGUACAUCAGACCCAAAAACCCAAAGGCGCCCGACGGUGUCCAUAAUGUCGACGAGAUCCGGAAGCUGCGAGGCGGCAUCACCAGGCGACAGGCCAAGGGCAGCGUAUCAACGCCGCGCCGCGAUGAUAGCGGCACCAGUACGCCUGCAAACAAGAAGCGGAUAGCGAGCGAAGAUUCUGUCCUUGUCGGCAGCCCCGAGGACGAUGAUGAGCCGCUAGAGAUUGGCAAGACGAGGGGGCAGUUCAAGGAUGUGAGCUGGGGAAGCAGCAACCGGCCUUCAAGGCUAAACACCAAAACACCAGACCCUCGCCGUGAUGCAUCGCGGCAGACGCGCAAGGCCGACCUCGACCAGAGGCAGAAGACCAACGAGGAAAAUGAAAUUGCGAGCGCCACCGAGAUGGCGCUGCGGGAGCUGUUGAAGAGCGUGCGAGACGCCAAUGCCAAAGCAUCUGGCUCCGGCCUCUUCGACUUCGACCCCUACACGCAAAACUUCCCCUCACUGUGCCUCCAAAUCCUCCCCGCGCCCUCAACCCUCUUCUCACCCACGCCCUUUCCUACGUCCGAGUCAUGGUCCAUCACCCCGCCGGGACAGAAGCAGUUCGAAGCACUGAAUAAGCAGGUCCGCGAGCGUCUGCUUGCCUACCAACGCCAGCGUCAGAUCAACCAGGUCUACCCGUCAGGCUCGCACUCAUCCGCUCCUUCCACCAACACCUCACCCCUACCCACACCACCGCUCUUUGACCACGACCCACAACGUCUCUUUGGCCACAUUGCAGACGCCUACCACCACUGGACACAACAGUCAGACAAGACGAGGCAGGAGUACUGGCAGAUUGAGAUACUGCGCUGCUAUGCCCGUGCCGACGACAGGCGACGGGAAGCUGAGGUGCAGCUGGGGAACGCACGUCGAGAGAUUGAGUACUUGAAAGCCAACCGCUGGACUUCGGGAGCUCCCGAUGUAUCGCCCAUCAGUAUCAACCUCGGCACCGACACUGCCAAAGAGCUUGCCAAGCACGGUAUGGACUACCGCAACUGGGACUACGACCGCCUCAUCGACAAGUGGCGGACCGCUAUACGUGAGAACAGGGCUUCAGUUUCCGGUAUGAAUGCUCAGAAGCCACUCCCCAGCAGCACUAGUUCUAGGAGCUGCUCCAUGGCUAGUCUCCCACCAACGCAGUUUGCUACCGUGAAUCAGCCUAGGCAAGGCAGCCCAAUCAAGGUCGAGACAAACAUGCCCUUCAGUGCACCACCCACCGUAUGUGGUGAUGGAGACAACGACCAAGUCGAUGCAGAGGGCGAUGAUGACGACGAUGAUAUCGACCUGACUCCCCAGACUAUCGAGGAGGACGAAUCGAUGCACCAGAUGCAGCAUCAAGCCCAACAGCAGGCCUUGCACCAUCCCCAGCCCCAACAUCACCAUGGAGCUCCCCUCCAACCGACGCCACCGCAUCCCUCACAGCAGUUUCAACCACACAUGCAGACCACCCACAUCAGCCAGGCUCAGAUUGCGCAGGCGCAGGCUCAAGCCCAAGCAUGGGCAGCCGCGCGUCAGCACAUGAACCAGUCACGCAAUCAAGACUUCCGCCCACAUCAGCAGCAUCAGCUCUCGCCUCAUUUACAGCACGUCGGCUCAGCUGAUAGCAGUCGACGAGAAUCGCUCGCCAUGAUGGAUCCACACGGCAUGAACCAGAACAACAUGAGCGCCAUGGGCAGCUCCAUGAUGUCAGGGGGUAUGGACAGUCUCGACAGCCGUCAAGACCAGUUUCUUCACAUGGAUAUGGGCAUGUCGACGGGCUUUGUCGGCUCGAACGAUCCCAGCGUCACAAUGGGUUAA